AGUACAUUUUUGUUGUUUUCCACCCGCACAAAAACAUUAAAUACCUUGAAAUUGUUUAAAUGUAGCUGCAAGUCCUAGGAAAGACAUUUGGCUAACUAAAAAUGGCUUAUGAAGAGCGCAGCAGUGACGGCAGCAGCUCCAGCGAAGCCCAGGAUGCCUAUGCGAACAUGCUGGGCGGAAAAACGCCGCCGUCCCAGACGCCGGGUAGCACUAUGCCAAAACAUGUUCCCUUUCCGGAGCACUCUACCACAUCGGAGUGGCUAAGCGAGCUGAUAAUGUGCGCCUUCACACUCGGUGCCGCCAUUGUGCAGUUCAUUAACAUCUAUCGGACGAACUGGUGGCUGACCCAGGCCCACACAAGGCACAUGGUGAACAUAGAGCUAAUCGAUCCGUAUUUGCGAUAUCUUAUACUCAUACUGAAUACACGAAGACUGGUCUACUGUGUCCUGCUGGCCAAGGUAAAGGCAAACGAGAAGACGCAGCACAUAAUUCGCACGGCGAUCAAGUACACAUUUGGCGGCCUGGUGCAGCUGGGCCUGGGCCUGUGUGCUCUGAAACUGUAUCAGAAGCACAGCUACAUAUUGCUGCUCUUCCUGACCUAUCCGGUGAUCAUCUAUCUGCUCAUCUUUGGCUUCCAGCUGGAGCCGUUUCUGCGCACUCGCUUCGAGCUGCCCGGUGUCUACAUAAACGACAUGCCCGUCCACAGCUGCACCAGCAAUGCGGUGCGCAUUCGCGAGGAGAUAGAGACGCUGCGGCAGGACUUUAACAAGCGAUUCAAGCAGCUAAUAUUCACCUCCAUGCUGAAUGCCUACUACAGCGGCUUGGUGCCCUGCUGCCUGGCCGUGAGCAUCAACUACAAUGUGAUGCGGGCCGCACAGCACUGCAUCAUUGUGUGCCUGGGUGCGUUCAGUUUGUGCGCUGCGUACCUCUAUCCCGCCAAGUACAGCGACAUCCUGCACCGGGCCACCUUGCACUUGGGCUGCUGGCAGCGAAUCGACCGAGACCCGGCGCCCUCGCAGCUAAUUGUGGCUGCCAGUGCGUUCACCUGGUCGAAGUUUACGGCCUAUGGCCAUGGCAUUGUGGUGAAGCACAAUGGAGGACUCUAUCGCAGCCUGGGACUGGUGACGGUGGCCACACCCGGAAAUGCCAGCCAUGUGCGCUUCUAUAAACUAUUUCAUAAUCCCACUGUCAUCUAUUCGACACUUGCCACACUCCAGGCAGCCAUAUUGCUGGUGGAGAUCGCCUCUCUCAGCGCCGCCACCAUCGAGUGGCAUUUUGUGCUCUCCAUCAGCUUUGUGGCUUUCACCAGCAUGGGAGCAUUCUUCAAGCUAGUCCGAGACUAUCUCAUAACCAAGGAUCUGUACAAAUCAGAGCACGGCAGCAUCCCACCCGAGCGACCAUUCAAACUGAGUCUUAGAUCUGAAUUUAUGUAAUAAUAACCAUGACAUAGACACA